AAACAACUUCCUGGUGAAAAUUACCUCGAUCUUCCAUCGACAUGCCUAUUUUACCGAAAUGUCUGUCGGGUUUCACUGUCAUUCCAAUCGCAUAUCCAAGUUCAACACAUUACAUCUAUGCGAGAGCUCAUGCCAAAUCUAAAUCCAAAACGAAGCCCAACAAUGUUCUACCUGAAGGACGCACGCUAUUCCUAGUGAACCGUGAGCUCACACUGCUAUUCAAACACUGUGGGACAGUAGAGCGCGUCUUAUUUGACUUCAACUCUGCCGAUGCUCUAACAGAGCACGCAUCUGAUUCUGACGAGGAGAUGUCCGAGGCUGCCGUCAAUGAAGAACCUGAUACCGAAGCACGUCCUCGCAAGAAAAGAAAGCUCCAAACUUCCGAACCAACGCCCCCUGAAGUGAUACCCCUCCCUUCUCCAUCCCUUCGCACACUGCGCAAAACUGGAUCUUGUGCCCAUAUCAUAUUUCUCGAUUCUUCAUCUCUUGCAAAAGCGCUUUUGUCCCCUACGUCACCUAAGCCAUGGCCAUCCUCUGGGGAGCCCCGUGGUCUCUCUCACUAUAUGGCAAAAUAUGAUAAUGAGCGGCCUCCGCUAGAUGCUGUCAAAGCUCACGCAGACAGCUUUAUGGACCGCUUCGAAUUUGACCUUUCGAAGAGUAAACAGGAGGCCAAGUACCGGAAAGGGGAAGCAAUUGUGGACGAGGACGGAUUCACACUCGUUACGAGAGGAGGUGCUUAUGGACAAACGCUUGGUGGAGGCGUGGGCGUUGCCAGCAAGAAGUUCAUUCUCACUGGGCAAACUGGAAGUAGAAGAAAGAAGGAGAAAAAGAAGGAGAAGGAUGUGUUUUACGCUUUCCAGAAGGCUGAAAAACAACGGAAAGCCUUGCUCGACCUGAAGAAGAACUUCGCGGCGGACAAGGAACGUGUCGAAAAACUGAAGGAAUCACGGCGAUUCAAGCCUUAUUAAUUAUCUCUGCCAUACAUUUAGGGAAGUGGGUAUAGUAUAUCGCGAAUGUGAUCUAAUGUCAGGUCCCGGAGUGUCUCGUUCUGAACGGACGGGUUGUCCCUUCAUUCAGCGCCAGAGGGUGUAUACUGUCAGCAAUCUCCCUCGCUUGUGAUUCUGACAUCAUUGACAGGCCGCCGACCUUGUGGGUCGCGUCGAGGUGGGUGACGAGCUAUGAGCGAGUCACAAUCGCACUGUCCAACAGUGCUCGUUGUAUUUUACUCUACGUCUUCAUUUUGCUGGUCCUGAGCAGACUAGAACUCGCGUAUUGCGUAUCGCCACUACC